AUGGGAGGCGGCGGUGGCAAAAGUUUGGCGACCUCGCCGGUGCGACCGGAAGAACGCACUCUCGCAACCCAAGGUGCUGGUGCUCACAAGCGUGAUCUGAACAAUCUGUACCAAGUGAUCUAUUACGGUGACUCGCAGGUCGAGGUCGGCAAACCGUUCUCGAUCUCGUGCAUCAUCAGCAUCGCCAACCCGGUCGAGUGGCACAAGGACGGUGAACCGAUCCGGAAGCACAGCAACAUUCGCCACGGCAAGGACGAGCACAGCUACAUCGAAAGCGAGAUGGGCAUCGCAGGAAACCGAGACAAGAUCGAGGCAUCGAUCAGUGUGCAGCGCGCGCUGCCGAAGCACCAGGGCCGGUACCAGUGUAACGCGCUGUACAAGAACUACCACCAGCUGUACGUGCUCCGGAACGGCUCGCUGCUCAGUCACGUGCCGCUGGUCGGUUCGUCCGGGAAGCGGCUGGAAGAACCGUUUCUCGGCACGGCCCGGUCCACGCUGGUGGCGCCCCUCGCGAUCGACCACCACCACUUUACGACGGCCGUAGCCCUGGCGCCGGCCGCCAUCGAUCGAUCGCUGCCCAGCAAGGAAGAUUUGAAGCGAUUCGUCGUCGCGGGUCAAAAGGAAUCACCCGACGGCGGCGAGGACCUACGGUUGAAGGAGAAAGAAGAACUGGAACAGGUUAUGUCCGCGGGUGCAGUGCAUGGGGUCGGAAAGCACCCCGCUGGUGGUCGCCAGCAGCAUCCACCACCUCCCCUGAUCGAGGCACCGCUCGAGGGUGACGAAGAGGAAGAAGAAGAAGAAGGGGACGAAAGAGGUGCCUCGGGUGUCGAUCUGGACGACUCGAUCGGUGGAAGCGAUCGAGAGGAAGCGGAGGGUGACAUGCGGACCGACACGGAGAUCGUGAUCGACGGGAAGGCCCUCUCGAUUGAGGAGGACAACAUCGACAAGCUGAUCCAGAACAAGAGCGACAUCAGUGGCAUCAUCCGGGUGGACAGCUUGGAGGAGCUACAGCUAAAUGGGAAUCUGCUCCUCCAGCAGCGCCCGGAAAACACCGGCGGUGCCACGGUGGACGAAGACGAAGAACCUUCCACCGGUUCCGACGGCGCGCUGGUGGAGGAAGGAUUACUACUGCCAACUGCGCCGCACAUACCGGAUCACACGCGAACCUCCCUGGUGGCGGCAACCCCGCCCAGUACUACGGCUCUGGCAACGACAACGCCGACACCAACCACCGCUUCGACCACAACGACCCCCAGGCCUCCAGAGGCACCCGAACAGCAGGGUGUCGGUGGCGGUCACCAUCGGCAGCAUCAUCACCACGAACAUCACACGACACUGAAGGCCGCGGCGAACGGUGCCGUCGCGUUCGCCAUCACCACCACCUCGGCCACCAUCACCACAACGGCUGCUGCCGAUGUACUGCAGCCUAACUACGACGAUGCCAGCACUAGUUUAAAAAUUUUCGACCUAGGUAAAGCAUUGACGCUCGGUUGUAAUGUUACAAAGGAUGGAAGUUAUGAGUUAAGUUGGUCAAAAGACGGUAAAAACGUAAGUGAAAUCGAGUCGCUGAAGGGUCGCUACAAUUUGAUUCCGGCGGAACGGAAGUUCAUCAUCACCCGGGCACUGGAGACCGAUGCCGGCGUGUACACGUGUAGUGUGCAUCAGCUGAAUGCAUCCAAAAAUUUUACCGUAGUUGCAAAUGUUGUUGUUAAAUUUGAAAGCACAGAGGUAGGCAAAACGAACAUAGUGGAGGGCGAGAAGCUAACGAUCCGCUGUAUAGCCUACGGAACGGAUCCGAAGAUCACCUGGACAAUCGGCAACAAUACUUAUAACGCGUCGAAAGAUCGCAUCGUGCUGCAGGAGGACGACAGGGGCGUGGAGAACGCAGUGCUCACCAUCGAUAGCAUAACGCUGGACGACUACACCGACUAUACCUGCGAGGCGCGAAAUAAUGCCACCGACAUCACGGGCAAACCGGCGCAGGUCGCGAUGACCGUUAGAGUUAGAGGAAAGUACGCUGCGCUGUACGUGUUUUUGGGUAUCAUUGCGGAAGUUGUUGUAUUAUGUGCGAUUAUUUUAAUAUGCGAAAAAAGACGUAACAAGACAGAGAUCGAGGAGAGUGAUACCGACCAGAGUCCGGACCAAACCAAGAACGGCUACAAUGGUAAAGAUUCCGAACUACGCCAAAGAAAGUAGAGAGACACUCGCGCAAACGGGCGAGAAAUUCCGCGGGAUGCCGCCGCGUGCGCACGUGCGUGUUGUGUGGCGAUACGUGCGUAAUUUGUGUUUUGACGAGCGCGGGAACCAACAGCUACCAUCGUAACGCUUUUCGGUGGAAAAGCUGAAGAAGUGAUGCUCUCCACCCGUACCGCCUUUGACCGAUGUUGUACAUAUGAGAAAGCAACCGACAGCAAAGCAUUAAAUCGCAACAUUACAGGCCUUCGUCGAACAGUUUUUUGCAGCCGACGACCGAUCGUUAAUCGUAGCAUUGUUCCGGUUCAGUCACGUUGCUCCCGUCUGAGUCGUGAAAAAGUUUUUCGUUUAUUGGAUUUGGUGGAAUCGAUUACUGUAACAUGUAACGGUUGCGGCAGAGAACAUCGCAAACACGCAUCGCCAAUCGUAACGAUCCAAUUUAAUUUAAAGAGAGUAUUUGAAUUGUUUUUCAAACCGUUCUCAACUUGUAUGCUCCUCGUAGUUUGAGGAUUUUUAUCUAAUGGUUUUCACUCUAUUUUGAAAUAUUUCUGUUCCGGAAUGCACGUGUAGCGUAAAGGCGUUCGUGUAGAAAUUAUGAUUGCGAUUUGAACUGGCCGCGAUUAGCAGAGCCGCGAUAGUUGUAUCACCAAAAUCAAAACCUUGAAAAGCAUUAGCAGCAGCACCACCACCAGAAAAAAACAGUGAUACAAUGCUAAACCAUUGUUGAUCGUUGUACUUUCGGAAUAGGAAGCAAAAUGUAAAACUAUCAGUCUCCGGUGCGCCGGUAAAAUCGACGGAAAAAUAUCGUUCUUUCCGUCAACAGGAACGGCGAAACAGUUUGUAGUUGGACACAGUUGUAGAGCAAAUCGGUACAUAGUGAAACGAUGCAGUGUGUAGAAUGAAUUACAUAAAACAGUAAAUUAGGAUGUACAACCGUACAACGGAAACCAAAUCAAUGAAAGUCCACCAACAUCAACUUCAAUGGCAUUCUUUCGAUAAUUUGUAGCUGCAUAAAGACCACCAUUUCUUAUUAAGUAGAUAGUGUAGGAAACGGAAACGACACCAGCGGGAGCCCAAUUUUUGCCGUGUUAUAGAAACGCCUAAUUCAAUUUCACAACAAUAUUAUGAAUAUUUUCACACGGCUGCCCGAUCAACCGGUGACAACUCAAGCAAUUCGUUUUACUUCUUGUACGUUUGAACGCAUGAUCAAAUGGAUGCAAGAACGGAACCUUUAAUCGUUCAAUUAAGCACGCAAACUGUACACCGGUACAGCACCAGCAGCGCUGACAGGCCAUACUUGUCGCCCCGCUUAUCGGCUGGUAAUUUUUCUACUAAAACCACACGGUAGGUUUACCUUAUUCAAACGACUAGAAAUAAUAAAAUUGCCACAUCUUCACCGAAUGCAAUUCGCUAAACCUCUCUUCCACAUCUUCGCAGUGCUAAUCAACUGGAAAGGGCUGCGACGCGCACCCUGAAUGGCUUUUUCACUAAUUAGCACACAGCAUCCAAACGAGGGCUCUCAUUGAAAUCGCUUUGUGCGACAUUUUUCUUUUUCUAAUAACAUCAACAACCGACAAUGUUAAACUAUUUCUAAGAAAAUCAAACAAAAUUUAACCUAGUGAAAAAUAAUAAACCAACCGUUUGUUUUUUUCUCUGA